AUGGCGAUGGAGAUGAGGCUUCCCGUGGCUCGUAAGCCCUUUAGCGAGAGCUUGGGUCGCGAGACGAAGAAACACCUGGUGGUGCCGGGCGACACCAUCACGACCGACACGGGCUUCAUGCGGGGCCAUGGGACCUAUAUGGGGGAGGAGAAGCUCAUUGCAUCGGUGGCCGGCUCUGUGGAGAGAGUGAACAAGCUGAUCUGUGUGAAAGCGCUGAAUACCAGGUAUAACGGUGAAGUGGGAGACAUUGUCGUGGGGAGAAUCACAGAGGUUCAACAGAAGAGGUGGAAGGUGGAGACCAACUCCAGACUGGACUCAGUCUUGCUUCUCUCGUCCAUGAACCUUCCCGGAGGAGAGCUGAGGCGGCGAUCUGCAGAAGAUGAGCUUGCAAUGAGAGGUUUCUUGCAGGAAGGGGACCUCAUCAGUGCUGAGGUACAGGCCGUGUUCUCCGACGGAGCCGUUUCCCUGCACACGAGGAGUCUGAAGUACGGCAAACUAGGCCAGGGAGUUUUGGUCCAGGUGUCCCCCUCCCUCGUCAAACGGCAGAAGACUCAUUUCCAUGACUUGCCGUGCGGUGCCUCAGUGAUUCUGGGGAACAACGGCUUCAUCUGGAUCUAUCCGACGCCUGAGCACAAAGAGGAGGAGGCCGGGGGCUUCACUGCCAACUUGGAGCCUGUGUCCCUUGCUGAUCGAGAGGUGAUAUCUCGGCUUCGGAACUGCAUUGUCUCCAUGGUAACUCAGAGGAUGAUGCUGUAUGAUACCAGCAUCCUGUACUGCUAUGAAGUGUCCCUUCCACAUCAGAUCAAAGAUAUAUUAAAGCCAGAAAUCAUGGAAGAAAUUGUGAUGGAAACGCGCCAGAGGCUGCUAGAACAAGAAGGAUGAGGCAUCUGAAGGGCAGGACGGGUGCACCUGGACCUGGCUGGACUCGUUCGUGAAAGUGAUGCAUCUGGUUUAUGGGCCGAGAACCUCAUCACGGGCUCUGCUCUGGCAGCUGUGGGGUUGCCUCCAGUCCACACUCCUGCUUCCUCCUAAGACAAAGGCCAGGGUAGAAGGUGCCCGGUGCGUCUGGCCCCUCUGCUGGGCCCAGCCGCGGCCCUCCACUCGAGGGUGGUGUCCGAUCUUUCCGAGCAUUGUGUUUGAGCGAGCGACGUGGCCUUCUGUCCUGGAAUGAUGAGGAUCCUUUGUCCUCUAUUUUUAUGCCCUUUGAAAUGUAUAGUGCCCUCCUUGGGUUGACCAAACUCCACAUUGUCGUUGUCUUUCACACACACACACACACACACACACA